CUAUUCAACGUCCUCCAUGUCCUCUCAGCCAGCUUCUCCGCCUCUCCGCGUUCCCCAUCCUCGGCGUCCGGCACAGGAUGGACUACCCCCUGCCGACAUGGAAGGACCUGCCUUCUCCCGGGUAUGGUGGAUCGCCCUGGGAUGGGCGCUCGCCGACGUCGCCGUAGGGGUCACGCAGGGCUACGAGCAGCUCGCGCUGUAUCGCGAAGUCAUGGUCCCGGAGGACAGUGUCCGGGACGUGCUUGUGCGGUGGAAGAGCGGGCUUAGUGGGCUCGGCGGGGGCAGCCGCACUUCGUCAGAUGACGCCCUGCCGCUCAGCCCGCGCGCGGUGGAAGCCCGCGAGAACGGGGAAGUCACUGCCAAGCCGAGAAGCAUCGACGACGCUAUCAAGCUGGCCGUGGACAAGGAUCUGGAGGAGAUCGUGCGGCUGAAGGAUAGGGAGGAGCUUGAGGAGAUAUACGGGUACCUCCCAUUGUGAGCGGGUGUUCGUUCGGACCACUUGUCACUGACAUGGCGAUUGACUGCAGCAUAUCCCGGUCUUCGUAUCGUGCCUCCAACGCAUCGACUCUAUCCUCCUCUCUCUGGGACACACCCUCAUCCUCGCCGGGACCUACCUCCGGUCUCCGCUAUCCUUCCCUGACAUUGAUCUCCCACCGAUUUACAGGAGUUAUCCUUUUGCCAUAGGUUUCCCCUUGUUGUAUUGGUGCACCU